AAGAUGAUGACAUCAUCACGGAUGAACAUCUCACAUGGAUCAUAUGUGGUGGAGGAUACAUCAAGAUUUGGAGAGAUAACGGUGCAGGACACCCUAGUUUUUGUCCAGAAAGUCUCAGGGUUGUGCUUGUUUGGGGUCUUUGAUGGCCACAUGGGAGAUGCUGUACCCAAAUACAUCCAAUCACAUCUUUUUGACAAGGAGCUUAAUGAGAUUCAGUUUUGGAAGGAAGCCAAAGAGACAAUGAAGAGAGCAUUUAAGUGUAUCAAAACAAGUGUACAUCACAAUGGAAAAAUGGGGUCUGCAGCAAUGGUGGUGAUGAAUGGAAAGAGGUUUGUGGCAGCUAAUGUUGGUGACUAUAAAGCAAUCCUAUCCGUUGAUGGCAUGGCCAUUCAAAUUGGCCAAAAGAGCCCACCCACAUGCAAUAGACCUUUCUCCCUCAAUUCCAUUACAGAAUUUUUGCAUGCGAGUGGGAACUGCAUAAUCGCACGUACGUUUGGCAAACAAAGGGAAGAGCUUGAGAAGAAUAGCUCGGAACCUCUCGUCAGCGACAAGAAGAUUGAUUCUCACACAGAGUUCAUCAUCCUGGCAAGCACUGGAGUAUGGGAGGUGAUGAGGAAGCAGGAGGCUGUGAAUCUCAUCAGGCAUAUAGAGGAUGCGAAAGAAGCCGCAGAAUGGAUAGCAAAGGAGGCUGUGAGUAGGAUGAGCAGAGGCAGCAUUUCGUGCCUCGUCAUUCGCUUUCAUAAAAUCUCAGCCAUCAAUCUUGGGACCUUAUCCAGUUGAAUACGGACCAUUGCUGUAUUUCUCAUCUGUAUCAGGGCCACAAAUUGGAUGGUUAUGAUUGACCUAUUGAGAUUUUUGAGGCAUUGUCCCCCAAUUGACCGUUGAACAAGCUUAACAAAUCCUGCUUGGUUUCUUUACUUUUUAUCUUGUAGGUUCUCAAAGCUGACAAAGAUGCACAAGGCAAUCAC